AUGGUCGCCGCGUCGGAGCCCUCCAUCCAUCCUUACACGGCCGAUUUGACCCGUGAGAUGAACCUCUCAAAUAUGUUGAACCGGUGCGUCCUGCGCAUCCAAGCGCUUCUUACAUCCUACCUAGAUGCAGAAAGUGACCUCAAUGGUUUCUACCGUUAUGAAGAGCAGCUGAAGCUAGAGCGUUAG